AUGCAGCAGCUUUCGGAGAACAAUAAAGAAAGUGAACUGGACAAGGAAUGGAUUCCAGUGGAUUUACUAGAGGUCAAGAGCGUGCUUGCUAUAGGAGGCCUAUAUUGGAUGACGGAACAGGCCAAGGAGGCUUUGAGAAAGGCUUUGAACCAGGCCAAGAAAAGGAAGGAAGAGGAUAGUGACUUGAUCAAGAGAUAUGAAUCGAAAUACAAGUUCCGCUGGCUGCCUCCCAAUUAUUGCCAUUCUUAUGGUAAUAUGGACACGCUUGACCGAGCUAAAAGAGCCAACUGGGACAAUUUCAGAGCUAAAAUAGCCGACUGGAACAAUUUCAGAACCCUCCUUCCUCUUCCACCCGACACGUUCACCUAUAUCAGAAAUACCGCCACAACAGCAAAGACUCUAGGCGAGGGCGCAUUUGGUUGCGUCUACCCAGUCACAAUAGACCCUGCCCACCAACAAUUCCAAGAUGGUAGCCGCACCUCAUACGCUGUCAAGCAAUUCUAUCAUGACUCGGAGAGCCGUCAGGCCUUUCAGAGAGAAGUGAUCAACAAUAAGCAGAUUGCGAGAUUCCCACAUAAAGGAAUUACUGCUUCCAUCUUAAGCUGGACCAUGGAUGGGGAAUGUUACAUUCUCUACCCUGCAGCAGAGUGCGAUUUGGGUACUUUCAUGUCUUCUAGGGCACCCCCACGGGUCAUUGACGAAAGCACGACGUUGUGGUUCUUCAGACGAUUGAAGGAUCUUUCUGAUGCAAUCUCCCACAUCCAUAUGCCUAGGUCGCUACAACCAAAGGCGGAGUCGCCGGCAAUAGACUCUAACAACGAGCUAUUCAUCGGAUGUCACCAUGACCUCAAACCAGAGAAUAUAUUGGUCUUUGCGGAUGAGGUCAGUGGCAACUUGACGUUCAAGCUCAGUGAUUUUGGAUCUGCAUCCUUUGUACCGUGGUCAGACGAUGACGAUCAUUCGACUUCGCCCCAUCGUGGCACGGUAAUGUACGAAGCGCCAGAAGUCCUAUCCAGGGGGAAGGAUUCUAGACCAUACGAUCUAUGGUCAUUGGGCUGCAUUAUGCUGGAGCUUCUUUUGUGGCUUGUUGGAACCAAUGAGGAAGAUGGUCAAGUGGCAUUUAGUACCAGAAGGGAGCAUGAUAUUUCCGAUCAACUUCCGACUGAUGACGCCUUCUGGUAUAAGAAGGGAUCAAAUAUUCUCCUCAAACCAGCUGUGCAUGCCCACCUCGAUGAGCUCGAACAGGUUCACUGCUCAAGAUACCCCCUGCUGAGGCCAAUACCGUCCGUAAUUCGGGCUUUAUUGGUCAUUGAUCCGACCAAAAGACUCAGUGCAUCCGAGUUAAGUGACCAGCUUCACGACGCCAUUGAAGAAAUCGAAUCGCUUUUGUCGAAUGGGUCUGCCUCAAGCCUUGGUCCAUCUCUGACUGACCUCACACUGAUGCCACCGCCUGAUGAUCCAGAUAAGGAUGGACAUCAGAACAGGUUGCCGACAGAGUCACGACUGGUCGUGCCUACGGAGUUUCACCUGAGUAGCACCAAUUCGGCCGAGACACAAAUCGGCAUUCCUAAUACCAAGCACUCACGCCGGGGCAGUGAUCGGAAUAGCCUUCGCAGAAGUCGCCGCAGCCGCAACAGCCGCCGAACUCGCAAGUGCGAAGAAUCAGCUGUAGCCGGAGCAAUCUCAACAGAAGGUCACAAUAUACACGUCCAAGACGACAGUGCUAGAUACAAGACCGUAACUGAGAGCAAGCUAGCCGCGGAUGAGUUAGGACCACACGCCUCUGAUGCUCAAGAAGAGUCUACUUGCCACCCUCAAGAAGCCCAUCUUAUGGACAUGACGAGCUCUACGCUUCUACCAAUCUCCGCUUUCCCUCAGAUUCAAUCAGCGUCUCGGGAGCCAGAAGCCCAUCAACGCCGGCUUGACGAGAUGGAGCGAAAGAUCUACCUGGAUUUGGACGGUGUAGGGGCCUUCACGAUUAGUCAGUAUAACAGCCUUCAGUCUCACGAGCACCUUGUAACGAGCCCAUGGUUGAGUUUCGACACACUCUAUGAGAUGGUCCUUAUUCUUAAAAGGCAGAUGAGGGUGGCCAGGGCAAUCAGAAAGAACACGUUAUUCUUUUACGAAACUCGGUCUGACGCGCGCUUCAGCCUCAUCGUCCGAGAAACAAAUCGGGCCAAGGUUGCGCGAGUUAUUCCCGUGAGUGAGGAGAUGCUCAAACUAUAUCUAGGCCUCCUGAGAAGCGUCUUUGCUGCUGCAAAGCUCUUGAAGACCACGAAUACGACUUUCCUGGACAACAAUGCUGUCGAAGCUAUAUUCGCACCACUCCGGGGAUUCUGUUUCACCUUUGCGGAAUACUUACAUUUGGAUACUAAACAUGUGGUCUUCCCGAAAGACUGCGAUUCAGUCGCGCAUGUAUCGCUUCACCUCAGUGCAGCCUUGCUGCAGAUUCUGGCACUGGGCGUAACUUCAAGUGUGAAAUCACAUACUUCAAGUUUUGUCCGGUCUGCAAGUCCACGUCUCCAAGAAGCUUGUUCAAUACAAGUUGGAUCUAAUAUCAAGAUUGCGCUGAAAAAACAGAGGCUGGCCUGUCUCGACACAUUUGUGGGUGGUCCGAUUUGGGUUUUCCAAGGUAUCGAUCAGACCGAUCCAGGCGCAGGGCUUUAUAUAUCAACCUACCUCAGCGAUUUUGCAGAGCUUUGGGGACUGGCUCGUGUGAGGUACGCCACACCUCAAAAGGCCGCCGCAAUAGAGAUUGAUACUCUGGGUGGGACGAUCAGGUCAAUAGGAGAUGUCAGAACUCCUUCGUCAGCCCCAGAGUGCUUGGAGGAUGAGGUUCUAUGCCAUUGGUUUGGGUGGGAUAGCGAAGCUGGUCCUGCAAUGCCCUUCGACCCCUUGAAGCGACUUGUUAUCGGCUUCCCAUUGCCUGAGAACACCUCAUGUGACAUCAAAAGACAGUACUAUGUCCGCACACUUCCUGAUAGGGACCUGGGAACGUCAUCUGCCGGAUAUAAGACUGACGCCAGAACAUUUACUUCUGGAUUCAUGCAAUAUGUGGGUUUAUCUGUCGGUCUGACACAGAAAUUCACUGCAAGUUGCAGCACCAAGAAUGUGAUCUUGGACUCAUGGCUCAAGGGGCGUGCAAACAAUCCUAACUUCAUUCCAGAAAUUGCGGCCCUCGAUCAACUGGUUGGUCUAGAAAUCAGCAAAUGUAAUGGUAACGCAGUGCGGGUGACAUUGUGGGAUAUCCUCCGACACCCCGAGGUUAUGGCGUACGCUCAACGCCUGGAGGGCGAUCUUUCUUGCUGCUCAAAAUGGACCUCAUUUGAGACUUUUCAAAGCUUGUACGACUCCAUCACUACCAAAGUAGCUAGGUGGCAUUUGUUUGACACAGUAACAAACCUGAUCGAUCGACUGAAGUGCACUGGCGUGAAUGAUAGGGGUGAGCUUCUGGCCUGGAAUGUGACAUGCAAUGGUGGAUGCUGCGGGAAGGUUCUGGUGCCAGGAUGGGUAACAAUGGUCAAAGAGAGCAGGGUAUGUUCCACAUUUGCGAUCUUGUCCAAUCGAUGCUUGACUGUGGAAGGCAGAAGAACUUGCCUCAACGACUGUUCUGAUGAAGACCUCCCUGAGCAAGCCGCAUCCUUGGUUACAAAGCUCGAAAUUGCGGCUGAGAUCGAUCUUGUGAAGUAUACCAAAGCAAGAAAGAGACGACCAGGGCUCGUUCUGAAUACGCCAAAGAAGCGGCAUCGCGGGAAUGAGAGCUCCGAAAAAGAUACCGACAGUUUGCGGAAGUACCACAGUAGACGUCAACGAGGACGACCCUCGUCCGGAACAGGAGGAAUUUAUGAGUUCAUCAGCACAUCAGAAGAGCAACUUCGAAAGACCAAUGGCCUUCUCCCUCAAAACAGUCAGCACGACCGGCCACGUCCAUCGUCAUUUGUGCCACCAGCAGACUCGUGGUUCUCAGAAGAUCGUCCAGACAUAAAGGCUGUUGAGGCGAGUCUAGCUCGAUUCAAAGUAUCUGAAGACUUGGGGCAGUCAGAAAACGAUCGGCCAUCAAAGGUGGAAUCUGUGCUGCCGAGAAGCCAAGUUCCAACAAUUGGACAAAGACACAACGGCUCUUCUAGCCCGCAUAAACGCAGGAGGAGAACUGGAAGCAUGCUCUCCGUCAAAGGAACACGGACAGGCCAUUCCGAAGCCUCCGAACACAGAAGCUACAAGCAUGUGUUACGCCGUGUGGACCUGGCAGCGUUGAAAUGGAAACUCGAAGAGAAUCAUGGAAUCCUGACCCUCACACAUGAUUCGCGCAGUCGGGGGGUCGUUUUCAGGAGCCGACAGGGUGAUAUACCAGUCGAAACGACUCUGAAGAAAUACAAUGUGUUGGUUCAAAAAGGAGACGAGAUGAUCAACAGAUUCGAUGUCAAGCUGGAAGAGGCCAAGGACAUAUUGAUAUUCGGAUACCCUCGGGCGAGAUUCAAGUUUCGCUUUCAGGAAGUGAAAUAUCCCUGGAAGCCCCUUCGCCCGUGCGAAACGGUGAAAUCAAUACGAGUCCUGGACAGCAGGUAUUGCCAGCCUCAAACGUAUAUUUAA